AUGGUCUACGGGACGACACUACGUCUACCCGGCGAAUUCUUCGCACCACCUGCAGUCCCCAACCUCUCGCCUCCUGCCUACGUUGAGCAACUUCGGUCGCUCUUUGAGCGCUUGCGACCAUCACCACCUCGACAGCCCUCCACUUACGACGUUUUCGUAAGCAAAGACCUGGCUGCCUCAACUCACGUUUUCGUGCGCCGCGAAGGCAUCCGACCCGGCCUCACUGCACCGUACGACGGCCCGUUCGAAGUACUACAGCGCGGAGAAAAGACUUUUACUGUUUCUGUGAACGGCCGUGAAAACGUGAUUUCAAUCGACCGUGUGAAGCCCGCGUACAUGGCAAACUUGUGCGUUCCUCUUGCACUCCCCACUCGUUCCCCGCCCGAUUCUCCCCCAUUCGUACCCUGCCCCGUGAGCAAGCACGUGUCCUGGGCAUCAGCGCGACAGCAGCGACCUUUGUAUCUACGGGGGGGAGCCCUGUAG